GGCUGCCCUUAUGCCUGCCCCUGGAGGACAUCCUGCCUCGUUGCAGUUGUGCCUCCUCCUCACUUUCCUCCUCUUUUCUCUCAGGCACCCAAGUACAGUCAGUAACCUCAUCAUCCCCUCCCUCCUUGUCACUGGAGCCAACUCGGCAGUAUGCUGCGAGGGGGGGAACAUGACUGCCAAUUUCUUGUCCAUCAUUGGCAACCCCUGUCUCUAGGCUCAUGUCACUCAACCUUCCUCAACCUUGAAACCAACAUUGGAGCAUUCAAAUUGCUGCGCGUCCUCCAGCAGCAUGUAACUGAACCUAUGAUCGAACAAUUUAGUGGCUAAAUGAUUAGCACUUCCGCCUGGCAGUACUAGGGUUGUUGGUUCAAAUCCCAACCGCCCACCACCUGCAUAUUCUCCCUGUGCCUGUGUGGAUUUCCUUUGGGUACUCUGGUUUUAUCCCACACUCCAAAAGACAU